UCAUAGCACCUCAAGAAUCAAAGCUGAAACGCAAUGGGCCAUCAGUGGGGAAUCAAUAGACGCCGGUGAUCCAUUGCCAGGCAUUCCCACUGCUCCGUGCAGGCUCCGGAAGCCACGACUAAGACCGUUGCAAGGAAAGCAGUAAAGCGGCGCGGGGGAUUUCGGGAAAAUCAUUGUACAGCAGAGCCGGCAUGGCAAGCAGGGUGAUGAGGAGAGAUGCUGAAGGCUAGCGAACGGGUGGAAGGGGAGGAAAGGAUCGUGCUAAAAACAGGAUAGAGGAGAAGGUGGCUGCCAAAGAAGGAGGGGGGAGGAAGAGAAUCGAGGGAGGAAGAGAGAAGAAGAACGGGAAGGAGAGGGAAAAGGAGAAGAUGGAGAAAAGGAGGACGAGGAGGGAUGCUGGUGCCCCCCAAAAGACGGGUAGUAAGGAAGGUCCUGCUUUCCAGCCCUGAGGUUUGGGGCAUGGCUCAGCCCCAGAAUUGGGUCAGGAUGCUCUUGACUGGAGGCCACCCCAAAGGCAGCAAGAAUUGGCAGCCUGACCCUUCCAGAGGGGUCCAAUGAACUUGCAUGCAAGACUUGCUGGUGGAACAGCCAACAAGCUAGCACCUUCCCAAGAUGGCGGAGGCACACCAAGCUGUGGCGUUUCAAUUCACUGUCUCUCCAGAGGGCAUCGAUCUCCACCUGAGCCAUGUGGCUCUCAAGGAGGUUUACCUCUCAGGCCUGCGAUCCUGGAAGAAGAAAUUCAACCAGCUGAGGAACAGUUUUGUGACAGGCGUGUACCCCGCCAGCCCGUCCAGUUGGCUGUUCAUGGUUACUGCCAUCCUGGUGACCCAAUACUCCCGUCUUGACCCCUCCAUGGGCAUGAUUGGAAAGAUCAAAGAACACCUGCCAGUCAGUGACUACCUGUCAGAUCAGGGCCUGACAGUCCUCAGUGCCAUGGCCUUUUCCACAGGGCUGUGGCUGGCCCUUAUAGUGACCAUGCGUAGCAUUCUCAAGGUGCUGCUGUGCUACCACGGCUGGAUAUAUGAGGAGCGCGGGAAGAUAUCCAACACCACCAAGGUCUGGCUGGCUCUGGUGAAGAUCUUUGCUGGGCGGAAACCCAUGCUAUAUAGCUACCAGACCUCAUUGCCUCACUUGCCUGUUCCAGCCCUCAGGGAUACUAUGCAGAGGUAUCUAGAAUCCAUACGACCCCUUACAACAGAUGCUGAGUUCCAGCGGAUGGCAGGCCUCGUCCGUGACUUUGAACGGACCCUAGGACCGCGCUUGCAGUGGUACCUCAGACUUAAGUCUUGGUGGGCAUCCAACUAUGUAAGUGACUGGUGGGAAGAGUAUGUGUAUCUCCGUGGACGAGGCCCGCUGAUGGUAAAUAGCAACUAUUAUGGCAUGGAUUUCCUAUAUGUAACUCCCACCCCAGUUCAGGCAGCUCGUGCUGGGAAUCUUGUCUAUGCCAUGUUGCUGUACCGGCGGAAACUCACUCGGGAGGAGAUCAAACCGAACAUGGCCCCAAAUUCCUUCAUCCCCCUCUGUGCGGCCCAAUGGGAACGUCUCUUCAAUACCACCCGGUUGCCUGGGGUGGGGCUGGACAGCAUCCAGCAUCUGGGAGAUAGCAAGCACAUUGCAGUGUACCACGCUGGGCGCUUUUUCCGGGUCUGGCUGUACCACAACGGGAGGCUGCUGCGCCCACAUGAGCUUCAGGCACAGUUCCAGUUCAUCCUAGGGGACACCACGCCUCCUUUGCCUGGUGAGGAGAAACUGGCUGCCUUGACUGCGGCUGACAGAGACCCCUGGGCUCGAGCCCGCCAAACCUACUUCCGCUCAGGGGUGAACCAGCAGUCACUGAGCACAGUGGAGAAAGCGGCCUUCUUUGUCACCUUGGACACCAGUGAGCAGGGGCUGCAGGGGCCCAAUCCAGGUCAGGCGCUGGACGCCUACGCCAAGUCUCUUUUGCAUGGGUGCUGCUGUGACAGGUGGUUUGACAAAUCCUUCAAUCUGAUUGUGUACCGCAAUGGGAAGUCCGGUGUCAAUGCGGAACACUCAUGGGCUGAUGCACCCAUUGUUGCACAUCUCUGGGAGUACACCAUUGCCACAGAUGUAUUUGUGCUGGGGUAUGAUGCUAAUGGGAACUGCAAAGGGGACAUGGACUCCAGCAUCCCUCCACCUCAAAAAUUACAAUGGGAGAUCCCACCAGAGUGCCAACAGAUAAUCCUGCAGUCUUUAACUGUGGCCCUGGAUCUGGCCAACGAUGUUGACUUCCACACCUUCCCCUUCAAGGACUUUGGCAAAGGUCUCAUCAAGAAAUGCCGCACCAGUCCAGACAGCUUCAUCCAGCUGUCCCUUCAACUGGCGCACUUUCGGGACAAGAAUAAGUUCUGCCUUACUUACGAGGCAUCCAUGACCCGUCUCUUUCGGGAGGGCCGCACAGAAACAGUCCGUUCCUGCAGCAUUGAGUCCUGCAACUUCGUCAAGGCCAUGAUGGAUCCCACUCAGAACGGUGGCACAAGGCUGCAUCUGUUUCGUGUGGCAGCCGAAAAACACCAGAAACUUUACCGGCAGGCGAUGACAGGUGCUGGCAUUGACAGGCAUCUCUUCUGCCUGUAUGUUGUAUCCAAAUAUCUCGGCCUGGACUCCCCCUUCCUGCGUGAGGUGCUGUCUGAGCCAUGGCGUCUCUCCACCAGCCAGACUCCUGUUCAGCAGGUGGAGCUAUUUGACCUCCUGAACUAUCCAGACUAUGUUUCUUGUGGGGGUGGAUUUGGACCGGUGGACGAUAAUGGCUAUGGUGUGUCAUACGUAGUUGUCGGCGAAGAUCUGAUAAACUUCCACGUGUCGUGCAAAUUCUCCAGCAAAGAGACGGAUGCACACCGGUUUGGACUUUACAUCCGGAAAGCCAUGGUAGAUGUGUUGGCCCUGUUCCAGCUGGACAAAAACUCCCCUUCCAGUGGUGGCCAGUGACUGAAUAAAUGCCAACAGGAUUAUACAGCUAGCCACCCAGACACACUCUGGGUGUGUUUUUCUGUUCUCUGAUCUGCAGGAACGUUUGAAGGGAAGUGGGGGAUGCACAGGGCCUGCCUGGGGAUUCUUACAAGCACAACGGAUAUGCAAGAUUCUCUUCCGCUCUUGGAUUGGGGGGUUUCGACCGACAUGCCAGACACAACAGCCCCAUAGGGAAAUGAACCCUGCCCUGCCAAGCAUCUUCCUGUUUUAGGGUGGUCGAGGCCUAAUGGGUGCAAUGUAGCAAAAUCUCCUUGCUUCUUUUAGGGCACUGUGUGGAUGGAGGGCUAUGGUUCUCUUAGAACAGAAGAGGUUGGAUCUUUGGAAAUCUGGGUUUUCCUAGGCUCCCAUUGUGGGCAGCCCACCAUAUUUCAAAGUGGUGUUUUCCCUUCACCUUUUUCUCUCCAGCAGCUAUGAAUCUUUUCCAGCCACUUCAGUCCACAGCAGCUGGGCUGCACUGUCCUUUCUAGCACUUCACAGUUGAAGGAUUCUUUUCCCGUGGCCGCCGAUGUCACUCUGUUCCCAUGAGGCUCUGCGGAUGGGAUGACGGGUGAUGUUUUGAAGGGAACUUAGUUCCCUUACGUCCCUGCUCUCCUUCAGUUCUGGGGAACCAGGAAUCCCCACAAAUUUAAUGCAGGGGGGAAGUGGUCAUGAUUUACUGCAAGGUUUUGUACUGCGUGAAAUGCCUUUUUUGGAGAAAUUAAGUGGGUUGAAAGGAAAGGAAGAAGAACAGGUUGGUCUUUCUCUGUUUUGGUUUGCAAGCAUCAUAGACCUGAAUAAAAUCACAGGGUGGGAGAUCUUACAAAAAUCAAUAAUGUGUGGCCUUUUGUCAGCUGGGGCGCAUUGUGUGGUGUGCAGUUGUCAGCUGGGGAGGGCAGGUCAUUGUGUGGUG